UCAACCAAAGAGACUACAGAAUGCAUUGGUUGACCUUAUGCAUACUUCAGACGAUCUUUUUUGUUUAUUUAUUGGUUGGAGGGGCGAUCUUUAUGGCCCUCGAGAAAGAUCAUGAAGACGAAAUAUCUUCCAACCAGUCCGCUAGAUUUUCACAAUUUCUUACUAACAAUACGUGUGUGACAGCCAGUGAACUAUCAACGUUUGCAACAUCGGUAAUUGAAGCGUACGAUUCUGGUGUUGUAGCGACUUCAGACACUUCCAGCACGAGUAACUGGGACUACGGCCCUUCCGUGUUCUUCUCUGCAACAGUUGUUACAUCAAUUGGGUAUGGACACAUUUCACCGACAACUACAGGUGGCCAGGUAUUUUUUGUUUUCUACGCUAUACUUGGGAUUCCUUUAACCGCCCUAAUUCUUGGAGCAGUCGGUGAGAAAAUGACGAAGCCUUACAAAAAGCUAGAAAAGAAACAAUUCUUUCCAAAAUAUCCUAAAACUGAAACAGUUGGGAAAAGAGCAAUUUUCGCAACCCUUUGUUUUGUGUUGUUUUCAUUGAUUCCUGCGGCAAUUUUCCAAGCAGUAGAAGAUUGGAGUUAUUUAGAAGCAUGGUAUUACACGAUCGUUACACUUACAACAGUUGGUUUUGGCGACUUUGUACCAGGUCAAAAUGAUUCGGACCUUCGUGUUUUCUACAUGCUGGUGACAUGCGUAUGGAUAUUGUUCGGACUGGCCUGGCUCUCCAUGCUGCUAAGUCUAGUAGGAGACUUCUUCAAAGCUCAGGCUAAGAAAGUUGAUAAUGCUGAGGACAAGACAAAAAGCAAAGCUGAUGCUAACUCUAAUGAAGCACAUGAUGUUCCGGAGCUUACAGAAGUUGCGGUGUAAAAAUAACGAAAAGAGUAUUUUGGAGGAAAAAGAGAAAGGGCAUUGCUGACAGUUGCCAUUUCAGCAUGCAAGAAAUUAUUGUCUGUAAUCACCUCUACUUGAUGAUCACCGCUGAAAGAAACUGUAUUUAGAGUUUCCGGGCCUGUGAUUGCGCUUCUGCUAGCGAGCUAACUUGGCUAUAUUGUACAUAGGCAAAAAUGAUACUAUUUGCUCAAUGUUUUUAAGAAGCGUUUCUCUAUACAGUUUUUCACCAAGAUUAUGUAUUAAGUAACAAAAAUAAUACAAUAAUAAUACAAUAGUCGUUCUCUUCCAUUUAUUAUUUCAAUGAAACCCCUAUAAACAGGAACCCCUGAAUAUCGGAAACCCCUACAAACUGAACAAAAUUUUCGGUCCCAAAAUUGACUCAUUAUUUCAGUAGAAAAAUAUCUCUGUAAACCCUUCUAAUUCGGAAACCGAACAAUUGUUCAGGACCGAUCAUAUUUCUCAACACAAAAUUACCCCUGACAACCGAACAACUUUAAAAGUAAUUUUUAUCAGCACUUGCUUUUAAUCAUGAUUACCAGAAUUUACGUAGUUUGGUAGCAUAAUUUUGUCUUUAAUGGUGUUCUUUCAUAAUGAACUAAACAUGACUAGGAUUUUAGAAGAAUGUUUGCCUGGUAGUUGUAUAACUAUCUACUGUAACACACAUUCCCCUGAUAUUCUAUUAGUUACACAACUGAAUUUUAUGAUAUCUAUUUCUAAAACUUUAUCGUCUUUCAUAAUUAAAUAUUGAUGUGAACCACAAACAGACGUCAACAGAAAAACAUUUUUCAUUGUUUAUAUCAUUUUUAUAACUGAAUGUAAAU